AUGGCGCACCCAGCGCAGUCGAGUCGCCAGUCCUGGGGGCGUGUUUUAGGUUUGUCCUCGAGAGGUAUCAGCAUAACCGCUCAGCGCUUUUGCGACGUGACGUCGCUGUACUUCGCCCUGGAUGGGUCCAAGCUCCGGCCUAUUCAGGUGCCUUCACCGGCUUUCCUGCUAAUGUCGUUUGACACCGCUGGUUGUCACGAGCUUGCUCAUGGCUAUCACGAUGCGCUCGCAUUGGUACGGCCCUUUGCUGACAAGAUCCUCAAGAAGCAGAAAACCUGGGAACUGAGGAAUCGGCCAACCAACAUCCGCGGGUCCAUUGGUCUCAUGGAGGUGGAAAAUUCCCUUUCCUGCACAUCCCUGGCAACGAACGGUCGCAAAGGAAAGUGGAGAGCGGACUUCAGGCUGGAAGACAAGCAGGAUGCCCUGGGCGAAGCUGGCAUCCCUCACCGGGCAAGCUCGACAGACUGUCAGCAGGUGUCCUGGCAUUGGCCUCGAUUGGAGCUUUGCGAGCUAGACGGGCCAACAAGGUUGCUCUGGCUGCUGCUGGCCCUCAAGGCAGGCGUCUUGCAGCCUGAGUGGGCUGCCGCACUCCGUUCUGGCAAGGCACCCCGAAGCAGCGGAGAUGGCUCUGUUGGCCCGGGUUCGGGCCCACUUCGUUUUGACCUCAUUGGAGGGCCCAGCGAGGGAGAAAGCGAGCUCAUGCUGUAUCUGUCCGACAUCGACUUCACUGGGACGGUACCGGCGGUGCAGUUUCCCAGUCUCGUGGACAGCUUCGAGCCGCUUUGGCGAUGCACUCUACCCGCAGAGGACCGGAAGACCGGCUUUGCAGAGCUGGCUCAGGCGGUGGAGGAGUGGCUGCGCCAGCAAGUUGCAGAAGGGCGCAGAGUCGUGCUCUUGGGCGAUGGCUUUGGCGGCCUGCUGGCCCUCGCGGUGGCUCUACAGCUUGGCCGGGCAUUGAAGGGCCUCGUGCUCGUGAACCCUGCCACGGGCCUCGUGCAGAAGCCUUGGCAAAGCCUGGGUGGGGCUCUUCCGGUGAAGCCUCUAGCGGAGUUGUUGCAGGGAGCUCCUGCAGUUGGGGGCCAGGCGAGCUUCGAGCAUGGCCUCGGAGAUUUGAUCGUUAAGGCAGCCACGAGUGCAGCGGGCUUCCGGUCGGCUGCCUUGGCUGCUCGGAGUGGGACGCUGGACUUUCGGCUCAGGGCUUGGCUUCGAGACGGCUGGGAAGCUGUGUCCUGCGACUUGCGGCGCCCGGCCAGUCGAACUUCUCUGCCGGCCACCCUGCUGACAUUCUCCAAGGAUGACGCGCUGCUGCCCUCCUCCAGCGAAGCAGGCGAGCUCCGAGGGCUACUGGCAGAGCGCUGCCUCACGGGUCGGCUGCAGCUUAAGGAGCUGGAGAGCAGAAGUCAUGAGCCCUUGGCCAGCGACAUCGACUUUGCAACGAUUGUGAAGGAGUCCCCAAUCUUUGCCUACAAGGAUCCCGUCACAGGUUACGAGUUCCCAAGCUUGGAGGAGCUUGAAGAGGGCUCCAAGGGCGUGGAGAGGAUCGCCUCCGUGGUCUCCCCGGUCUUCUGCAGUUUCGAUGCUUCCUCCCCUUCCCUGCGAUCCUUCGGUUUGGGUGGCGUCCCCACGCCGGCGGAGGCCGGAGAUCGUCCGGUGCUCCUGGUAGGCAACCACCAGAUCGGUGGUCUGGAUCUUGGGCCGCUGGUCCGGGAGUUCCUGGUGACACGGGGCGUGGUUGCCCGAGGCCUCGCCUACCCUGGCGCGAUGCGUCGGAUGACGACGGAACGGGGACCUUCACAAUUCCAAACCUUUGGUGCCGUCCCGGUCUCACCUCGGAACAUCUUCAAACUUCUGCAGCAAGGAGAGAUGGUGCUGCUUUUCCCCGGCGGUGUGCGAGAGGCCUUGCAUGGUCCGGGGGAGGCCUACAAGCUUUUCUGGCCAAGCAAGACGGACUUUGUCCGGGUCGCCGCCCGCUUUGAUGCCCUCGUGGUGCCAUUUGCUGGAGUUGGGGCAGACGACAAUGUCCAGGUCCUUGCAAACUCCAGAGAACUCCGGAGUAAGGCAGAGGAGCUGCUACCCUUCAUGGCACGCAGCCAGCCGAAAUCUGGUGGCCUUAUGCCGGUCUCCGAGUCCCUCGAGGCGGGGAUGAGCGUUCCGUUCAUGGCACCGCCACUGUCGCUGGCAACACAAUCAAGCCCGGGCAUUGGGGAUCGCUUCUACUUCAGCUUCGGCAAGCCCGUUGACUUGAAAGACGUGAGCCCCAAGGACAAAAGCGCUUGCAAGAAGGCUUACGCCAGCAUCCGCAAAGCCGUUGAGCAGGAACUGGAAUGGCUGCAGCAGGCACGCUUGGAGGAUCCCUUCCGCGACCUGCUCCGACGCCAGCUUUUCGAGCGCGUGGCCAGCAUCGAGCCCUCCAUGCGGCGCAUCCCGGAGGGCCCCUUGGAAGGCCAAGUCGUGAGGACUUACGCCAACCGGGCGCCAUCAUUUCCGGUUGAAGACCUCCCACCGCCACAAAGCGAUUUUGUUUGUGACGAAGACGAGGUUGGCUCGUCGAAGCUGGUGGGACGGGCCGACCUCGUCGACUGCUUCCUGCUUGGCCGACGCGUGAAGGACCGUUGGGUGAUGAAGAGGCACCUCAAGAGCCUGACACACACCUUCAAGAAACACCGUUGCCGUCCCGAGGACGUUCGAAAGAUCGGCUACACCACGUGCUGA